AUGGUUACAGUGGGAAGUGACGCCCUUUAUAGUGUUAUUUGUUGUGAUCGGGACGCAUUUACGCAGUUUGUUAAUUCACUGUUAUGUCGCGAAGAAAAUGUAAACAUGAGGCCACGGUUGGAGGAAGCUUUUCGACCUUUAUUAGAGUGUACAGUUGUUGGUCCACCAUCUCGAAAAAAUAUGAUGACAUUUCGAUUGCGUUUCGAAAAGUUUUUGAAUGCAAUCGCUGGAAUUCUUGUCGUGGAAUGA